AUGUCAAAGAUCUUGAAUCAGAGAAUUUUGCUGUUAGCAAUUUCAUUUUUAACAAGUCUGCAGAGUACAAAGGUACUUUCAGAAUGGAAGAAGUGUGGUGAUCGGGAAUGUGAGACGGCAAUGAGCAGAGUUCAAGCCACUACAGAUUACUUAGGGCCUGAUUGCCGGUAUCUUAACUUCAAAACAGGGGAAGAGAUAAUGGUAUACUCCAAACUUUCAAGGAAAAAUGAAAAUUUGUGGACAGGAAGUAAAGGAAAGGAUUUUGGAUAUUUCCCAAAAGAUGCUGUGAAGGUUGAGGAAGUUUUUAUUGCAGAAGAGGUUGAAGUGCUCACUAAGGAAACUGAUUUCCUUUGUCUUCAUGGAGAUAAGUACGGUUUUGAAAAUGAAGACAGUGCAUUACAUGAUCACAACAAAGAAAGUGAAUAUUCAUCAUCUGAUGCAGAAUCAAAGCUGCAUGAAAAUGAACUCUUAAAACAUACAAGAGACUUGAUGCAAAAGGAAGAAAGAGUUGAAUCAGGUUCUGAAAAUGAUUCCCAGGAAUCUCACACUCAGGAGGAGUCUGGAAGCAAAAAGUUGGUUAGAAAAAAUGAGAACAGAAAAGAUGAUACUGAAGAGCCACAGAUGCAAAACAGUCUCCCACUAGAACCUAUUCCAACUCAAUCUAGUUGGAUUGCAGGAUGGUUCACCACAGGAAGUAAAAACGAUGAAGAGCCCUUAAAAGCCAUUACUGAAUCUUUAGAAGAAAAUACAUACCGAGGCAGAAAAAUAGUGGUAACUGUUGAAAAUGACUUACAGGAGCCAAAUGAUAAUGAGGAACAAGAACCCCCAUCAUCUGUUUGGUUUCAAGGUGGACUGACGGACUUUCUGUAUUUUGGUAAAGAGAAUGUGGAUGUUAGUUUGGCAUCAGAAAAAAAAGAUCCACAAAUCCAUGAUGUUUCUGGUGUGCCUGGACAUUCCAGUAAUGAACAGGAAACUGCAAUCACUGAGUUAUUGACAGAAGAAGAAGAAAAGAGUGAAAGCCAAGAAUCCAAAUCAAAUUGGUUUAAUUUGGGUUUAAGUAAUGUUCUUAAUUUUGGCCAUGCUGAGAAAGAUACAAUUGCUAUGGAAGACCAGCAAAGUGGAGAAACAGAGGAUGAAGCAAAUAAGAAUGAAGAAGUGCAGACUUUAGACCAGAAAGAACCACACAGGGACAAAGAAUCAAAGGAGACAGUUAAAGCAGUGACAGAUGAAGAAGAUGAAGAGAAUUAUGUACAAGAGGUAAUAGAUUCAAACAGUAACAUGCCAGAUGCUGGUGAGAUACCAGCAAGUGUGCAUACUCUUAGCAACACCAAAAGCACCUCAAAUAGCACAGAAUCAUCCUUUGGUAUACUAACAGGUGACAAAGAGAAGCCAAUUGAACCUUACACUUCAGAACAAGACUUGGCCUCAGAAAGCCAACCACUGAAAAACACUGAAGCUAAAAAGAGAAAUCGGGAGUCUGAAAGCAAACACGGCCAGUCAGGAGUAGGCAGUAGAAGAAAGCUACUAGAAGAUGUACCAGAGAAGGAACAGGAACUGAACGCAGCUGUAGACAGUGAACGUGACAGUGACCAACAUUCAAAAGCAACAGUGAAUCCUUCAAUAAAUUCUGAAGAAAAAAUAGACAGUUCAGUAGCUGAUUCUCCAUUUGAUGUCAAAAAGCCUUUCUCAGAUGCCAUCCAGAACUACGUUCCAAGUAAUGAAGGAGGCUGGAUAUAUCAGAUACUUCUGUGCUUGAAUGCUCUUGACAUCGGGGAAUCGAUAAAAUCUGUAUUUUCAGCAGUGACGAGUAUUAUCAAAAAGGCUGUGGCUUCACUGCCUGAAGAUAUGAGACCUGGUCCCGAUCUAUAUGGUUUCCCGUGGGAAAUAGUGAUUUGUGCUGGCAUUGUUGGAGCCUUUACAAUUCUCUUGUUCCUGUACAGAAGUUACCAAUCGGUUAGAAGUCGACUUUAUGUAGGAAGGGAAAAACAGCUUGCCAAUAAAAUUGCUGAACUAGUUGAAGACAAAUGCAAAGUUCUUGAAAAACUCAGUCUUUGCAAAAAAGAGUUUGAAGAUUUAGAAUUGUCUCUGAAGGAUGACAACAUUAUGAAAGAACCAACAGAUGCGUCUUUUUUUGAGGACAUGCAUGAAAAACUGAACAAGUCAAACUUGGAACUUAACCAAGAAAUAGAGAAUCUAGAAAAAGAACUGGAAGAAGAAAAGUCUAAGCAAUCAGAAAACGAUACCUUGGUGGCUGAAAUUCAGAAGAGAGUGGAGUCUUUAGAGAAUGAAGCAAAAUCUAUCCAGUCACAAAUUGAUGAGGCCAAGUCCACCCUAAAAGUAUAUCAGAUAAAUACAGAGAGACUCAAGACAUCUGUUCAAGAUGCAGUAGAUGAAAACUGCCAUCUCCAGGAAAGUGAGAAACAGCUUUUACAAGAAGCUGAAGGAUGGGGUGAACGAUUUAGUGAACUAAAUGAACAAACUAAGAUGUCUGAAGCGUCUAAAGCAGAUAUAGAAGAAGUAUUGAAAAAUAAAGAGAGUCAAGUCAAGUCGCUGACACAAUACUUACUGAAGAUGAAAGACUGGAGUUCAGCAAUAAGAGAAGAUGAUGAUGCUGAAGAUAAUCACUGGGACACGGAUAUAAAGGGUGAAACAGAGAAUGGAGAGCAUUUAGAUGAUCAGCAAAAACGAACUGUAAAGAAGUUGAUCUAUGCUGCAAAGUUAAAUGCUUGUUUAAAGACCCUGGAAACAGAAAGAGAUCAAAUGUAUUCAAAACUGUCUGAUGAAAAUAAAGCUAAAGGAGAACUUACAGAACGUAUAGAAAACCUUCAAAGUCAACAAGCUUCCUUGCAGUCUGAAAAUGAACGUUUUGAAAGUGAAGUUCAAAAGCUUCAGCAGAAACUUAAAGUAAUGACUGAGCUUUAUCAAGAAAAUGAAAUGAAACUACACAGGAAGCUGACAGUAGAGGAGAGAGAACGCCUACAGAAGGAAGAAAAGCUUUCUAAAGUAGAUGAAAAAAUUAAUCAUGCUGCUGAAGAACUGAACAGCUACAGACAGCGAGCAAAAGAUCUUGAAGAAGAGCUAGAAAGAACCAUUCGUUCUUAUCAGAAUCAGAUUACUUCACAUGAGAAAAAAGCUCAUGAUAAUUGGCUGACAGCCCGAGCAGCUGAAAGACACCUCAAUGAUAUAAAAAAAGAAAAUGCACAUAACAGACAAAAAUUAACUGAAACAGAAUUUAAACUUGACCUUUUAGAAAAAGAUCCUUACGCUCUUGAUGUUCCAGUUAGACCAUUUGGCAGAGAGCAUUCCCCAUAUGGACCCUCACCAAUGGGCCGGCCUUCAUCUGAAACAAGAGCUUUUCUUUCCCCUCCAACUUUAUUGGAGGGUCCUUUAAGGCUUUCACCUAUGCUUCCAGGUGGAGGAGGAGGAAGAGGAUCCAGAGGACCAACUGCAAUGUAUGAAGCUGGUAAUGAAAGAGAGCUGAGUUCUGAUAGAUUAACUGAUCCCCAUAGACCACCAUCGGAUACUGGAUCCCUGUCUCCUCCUUGGGACAGAGAACGCAGGAUAAUUCUGCCUCCACCAGUUGAGCCAUUCACUGAUCCAGUUCUUCCUCCUCGAAGACAAGAAAGAUUUUUCCCUAAUCCUCCAAAUACUGGAAGACUUUCUGGACCAGCAGAACUACGAACUUACAAUGUGCCGUCUUUUGAUAAAACAGAUGGACAAACAUCUUCAGAAAAUAGCCCACGAACAGAACCAAGUGGAAAUGGGAUGAAAGAUCAUUCUAAUCUUAGCAACUUACUACCUGAUCAGUCACUGGCAUCUGAAAGUGAAGCCAUCAGUUCAGGGUUUGCUCCUCCACCUUUCCCUCCAGUCAGACCUCCGCUGAUACCUGUGGAUCCUAGAGCACCUUUCAUGAGACGAGGACCUCCUUUUCCUCCCCCUCCUCCUGCUGGCAUGUAUGGACCACGUGAAUGUUUUCCAGUACGAGACUUCGGGCUUCCACGCCCUUCACUGCCAAUAAGAAAUCCCUUUCCAAUGAGAUCUUAUCCUCACUAUCCGCCUCAACGACCUGGAUUUUUGCCUCCACCACCACCUCCUGAAAGUAGAGUUGAGCCACCUCAGUCAAAUCCAUCAGCUGUAGAACAACCGGAACCACAGCAAGAGACUUGACAGAGUCAUUUGAGCAACGUGCUGAACCGUUCCAGUACUCUCCUACUGGCAUUUUCCUUAUGUUAAGUAACCGUUGUUACUUAGGUAUAUAUAAACUACUUUGCUCAAAUUGAAGCUUAAUAGAAAAUACUCAGGAUAGUAUUUUGUAAAUAAAGAAUGAAAUAACUAUGAAUAUUGUGAAUAAGUGAUUUCCAUUGUACAAUAGUAAUUUUAAAUUAAGUAUUUCUAACUUGAGUAAUCUCUUCAGAGGUGUACAAAAUUAAAUCAUGUGAACCAUAUUUUAAAAGUCCAGCUGUUUUG